AUGCUGGAUCGAUUCUUGAGCCCCCGCCGUAGGAGGCAAAUCCAGAGGCUUAUGCGAAAUGGGAAGCUGACGCUGUUUUGUCUUUUGCUUACGGUAGUCGUUUUGCGAGGAAAUCUGGGCGCUGGAAAAUUUGGUACGCCUGAGAAGGACCUGGAUGAGAUCCGAGAAACGUUUUCAUAUAUUCGUAGGCGGGCCGAGCCACGCCGUGUGCUGGAGGAGGCAAAGGCUGCUCAAAGACAGCAAAAAUCUAGUUCAUCGACUGAUGCUUCGGAAAAUGGUAGUAAUAAUUAUGCAGAAUUUGAUAUAGGGAAGAUAUUGAAGGAUGAAGAUGAUGGAACCGAAGAAUUUAAGAGGGAUCCCUCCCUGCCUUAUAGUCUUGGGCCAAAAAUAUCAGAUUGGGAUAAGCGAAGAGCUGAAUGGCUUAAAAGGAACCCCAAUUUUUCGAAUUUUAUGGCUCCUAAAAAGCCUAGAGUUUUGUUGGUUACCGGGUCAUCCCCGAAGCCUUGUGAGAAUCCGGUCGGUGAUCAUUACUUGUUGAAAUCUAUAAAGAAUAAGAUCGAUUACUGUAGGCUACAUGGGAUUGAGGUUUUUUACAAUAUGGCUUUGCUUGAUGCUGAAAUGGCUGGGUUUUGGGCGAAACUGCCUUUAAUUAGGAAGCUGUUAUUAUCCCAUCCUGAAGUAGAAUUUUUGUGGUGGAUGGAUAGUGAUGCUAUGUUUACUGAUAUGGCGUUUGAGGUGCCGUGGGAGAGGUAUACGGAUCAUAAUUUUGUGAUGCACGGGUGGAACGAGAUGGUGUAUGAUCAGAAGAAUUGGAUUGGGUUGAACACUGGGAGCUUCUUGUUGAGGAACUGUCAAUGGUCUUUAGAUAUUCUUGAUACGUGGGCACCAAUGGGGCCGAAAGGGAAGGUCAGGGAGGAAGCUGGGAAGCUUUUGACUCAGGAGCUUAAAGAUCGUCCAGUCUUUGAAGCUGAUGAUCAGUCGGCUAUGGUGUACAUACUUGCAACACAAAAGGAUAAGUGGGGCGAUAAGGUUUAUCUCGAGAAUGCAUAUUAUUUGCAUGGUUAUUGGGGAAUCCUAGUCGAUAGGUAUGAGGAGAUGAUUGAAAAUUACCAUCCGGGUCUUGGUGAUCAUCGUUGGCCACUCGUGACUCACUUUGUGGGUUGCAAACCCUGUGGGAAGUUUGGUGAUUAUCCAGUGGAGAGGUGCUUGAAGCAGAUGGAUCGAGCAUUUAACUUUGGCGAUAAUCAGAUUCUGCAGAUGUACGGAUUCACCCAUAAAACACUUGCCAGUAGGAGAGUGAAGAGAACUCGGAAUGAGAUGAGUAAUCCUCUUGAUGUGAGGGACGAGCACAGUUUGCUCCACCCUGCAUUCAAAGCUGUGAAGGUAUCAACUUCUUGA